AUGGCUUUUCGAUUUAACUGGCCUGAGUUCGAUUCUGACUUUUAUACCGAUGCCAAAGCACAAUUAGAAACAGCUCUCAACAAGGGCGAAAAGCCAAAGGAGAUUGUUGAUCACAUUACCGUAAAAGAUCUUUACUUGGGAACAGUGCCUCCUGAGCUGGAAAUAUUAGAAAUCGGUGAACUCACUACCGAUACUUUCCGAGGCAUCUUCAAACUGACCUACAAGGGAGAUGCACAUAUUGUUCUCCAGACAAAGGUCCAAGCGAACCCAAUGCAUGUCCAACGCUCAGAAUCGCUUCCUCGCCACACCAGACCCACAAUUCUUGCUGCAGCUCAGCCACUGGUCGUCCCAAUGUUGCUGAAGAUCAGUGACCUGCAGCUCCGGGGCAUUGUGGUCCUGGUGGUGUCAAAGACAAAAGGGAUAACUCUGGUCUUCAAGAACGACCCCUUGGAGGGCAUCCUGGUCAGCUCCACAUUCGACAGCGUCACAGCUCUCAGAGACUUCUUGCAGCGUGAAAUUGAGGCCCAGAUUCGUAAAUUGCUUCAGGAAGACAUGCCUGUCAUGAUCCACAAUCUUAGUCUGAAACAUAUGCAGGCCAGACAAGAA